UACAGGUUUAGAUUCUUUUGGAGGUCCGGAUACUCUCGGAGGUCUGCAGAGUUGCAGACGGACUCGGAGGAGUCGGUCGGUUUGAGGUUUUGUCGGAUUCCAGGUUGCAGCAGAUCCUUUGUGUUUCCUGAGGACCAGGUCUGAGACCAUGAUGGAGCUCCAGCUGGCGGUGCUGCUCGUUCUGCAGGUGUUCAUCAACGCUCAGGACGGGGGGGGCUCAGUGGGGGUGGUCCAGGAUGACCUCAGCCUCCCAGAGUUCAGUGACGUGUGCACAGAGGGAAGCUGUUACCCGGCAACAGGAGACCUUCUGAUUGGCCGAGCCCACCAACUGUCAUCCACUUCCACUUGUGGACUGAAACAACCCGAACCGUUCUGCAUCGUCAGCCACCUGCAGGAGGAGAAGAAGUGUUUCCUGUGCGACUCUACGAGGCCGUACGACCAGCUGAGUAAUCUGACCCGCGGCCAUCGCAUCGAGAACGUUGUCACAACGUUCGCUCCCAACAGGCUGAAGACCUGGUGGCAGUCUGAGAACGGUCAGGAGAACGUCACUAUACAGUUGAACCUGGAGGCCGAGUUUCACUUCACACAUCUCAUUAUGACCUUCAAGACGUUUCGACCUGCUGCCAUGGUGAUCGAGCGCUCAGCUGACUUCGGGAAGACAUGGCAGCUUUAUCGUUACUUCGCCUACGACUGUGAGACCUCGUUCCCAACUGUUUCCCAGGGUCCAAUGCAGAAGGUGGAUGAUGUCAUCUGUGACUCACGUUACUCUGACAUCGAGCCGUCCACUGAAGGAGAGGUGAUUUUCAGAGUUCUGGACCCGGCGUUCAGGAUUGAGGAUCCCUACAGUCCCAGAAUUCAGAACAUGUUGAAGAUCACCAACUUGCGGGUGAAGUUCACCAGACUGCACACGCUCGGAGAUAACUUGCUGGACUCUCGUAUGGAGAUCAAAGAGAAGUAUUAUCACGCCAUCUUUGACAUGGUGGUCCGAGGAAACUGCUUCUGCUAUGGACACGCCUCAGAGUGUGCCCCGAUCCAAGGACCUGGCCAGACCAGUGAGGGAAUGGUUCAUGGUCACUGCAUGUGUAACCACAACACUAAAGGUCUGAACUGUGAAAAGUGUCGGGAUUUCUACCACGACCUGCCGUGGAGACCAGCCGAGGGACGCAACACCAACGCCUGCAAAAAGUGCAACUGUAAUCAGCACUCCUACUCAUGUCACUUUGACAUGGCCGUGUUCAAGGCUUCAGGAAACAUCAGCGGAGGAGUCUGUGACAACUGUCUGCACAACGCGGCCGGACACAACUGUGAGCGGUGUAAACCGUUUUACUACCAACAUCCAGAGAGGGACGUCAGAGACCCCAACAUCUGUCAACCUUGUAACUGUGACCCUCUGGGCUCACUGAACGGAGGAAUCUGUGACGGGGUGACGGACGUCCGAGCCGGUCUGAUCGCCGGUCAGUGUCGCUGCAAAGUCAACGUGGAAGGAGAACGCUGCGAGCGCUGCAAACAGGCGCACUACAUGAUGAGCAACGAGGCUGAAGGCUGCAAGGCGUGUACCUGCAGUGCUCUGGGAACACUUCCUGGAGGAAACCCCUGCGACAGUGAGACAGGAAGCUGUUUAUGUAAACGUCUGGUGACUGGACGGGACUGUGACCAGUGUGUGUCUGAACACUGGGGUCUCAGUAAUGACAUGGACGGCUGCAGACCAUGUGACUGUGACCUCGGAGGAGCCAUCAACAACCAGUGUGAUCAUGUUAGUGGUCAGUGUGUCUGCAGAGAUCACAUGUUCGGUCGGCGCUGCGAUCAGGUGGAGUCUGGGUUCUACUUCAUUGCUCUGGAUCACUACACCUACGAGGCAGAGGACGCCACGUUUGGACCUGGAGUGACAGUGGUCCCAAGACCCCACCCACUGGAUCGCAGUCCCACCUGGACAGGUUUCGGCCUUGUUAAUGUCCCAGAGGGGGCCUUCCUGGAGUUCUCUGUGGACAACAUCCCCCACUCCAUGGAGUACGACAUCCUCAUCCGCUACGAACCUCAGCUGCCUGACCAAUGGGAGGAGGUUCUGAUGACGGUGAUGAGACCUGGACCAAUCAGAGCAGACAGUCGCUGUGUCAAUACCGUGCCGGACGACGACCACCAGAUGAUCUCACUCCAUCCCGGCUCACGAUACGUGGCUCUUCCCAGACCAGUCUGUUUUGAAUCUGGUCUAAACUACACCGUCCGCCUCAGUCUGCCUCUGUACUCGGCCCUCAGUGACAUCCAGUCUCCAUACACACUCAUUGACUCGAUCGUGUUGAUGCCUCACUGUAAGAACCUGGAGAUCUUCUCGGCCUCAGAAGGAGACUCCAGUGGGAACAGUGGUUGGGAAACCUUUCAGCGCUACCGUUGUCUGGAGAACAGCCAGAGCGUCAUCAAGUCGCAGAUGACCGACAUCUGCACAAACUUCAUCUUCAGCAUCUCCGCCAUGUUGCACCUGGGAGCUAAAGAAUGCCAUUGUGAUCUUCAGGGCUCCCUCAGCACCGUGUGUGAUCCCAGCGGGGGUCAGUGUCGGUGUCGUCCCAACGUGAUCGGCAGGAACUGUGACAGAUGUGCUCCGGGCACGUUUCAGUUCGGACCCAAUGGCUGCAGAGCAUGUGCCUGUGACCCUCAGGGUUCACAGAGUUCGUUUUGCGAUCAGCUGACUGGUCAGUGUGUUUGUGUUUCUGGAGCGUACGGUCGGCAGUGUGAUCGCUGUCUGCCGGGUCACUGGGGCUUCCCUACCUGCCGACCCUGCUCCUGCAACGGACACACAGACGACCCUGCUCCUGCAACGGACACACAGGUGAACACCGGACGCUGCAUCAACUGCCGGGACCGCAGCACUGGACACACCUGUGACAGGUGUCUGGAUGGUUACUAUGGUGACCCAGUGUUGGGGUCAGGUGACCACUGUCGACCCUGCAUGUGUCCCGAUGGUCCCGGCAGCCUGCGGCAGUUCGCAUCAAGUUGUUACCGCGGUGACAACUCCCAGCAGGCUAUCUGUGUCUGCAACACCGGAUACAAAGGUUCUCGCUGUGAUGAGUGUUCACCUGGUUACCAUGGCAACCCUGGGGAGGCGGGGGGGCAGUGUCAGCCCUGUCAGUGCAACAACAACAUCGACAUGUUGGACCCGGAGUCAUGUGAUGCCCGGACCGGCGAGUGUCUGCGUUGCCUCUUCCACAGCGAGGGCAACGCCUGCCAGAGCUGCAGAAAUGGUUACUACGGCAACGCCCUGCUGCAGGACUGCAGGAAAUGUGUUUGUAACUGGCUCGGCAGCGACGCCUCCAGCUGCCUGUCCUCCGCCGACUGUCACUGCGACCUCAGCAGCGGUCAGUGUCGCUGCCUCGCCAACGUCAUCGGUCAACACUGCGACCGCUGUGCACCCGACACCUGGAACAUGGCGAGCGGCCGUGGCUGUCAGACCUGCGACUGCGACUCCAAACACUCGUACGGGAUGUCCUGCAACGAGAUCAGCGGUCAGUGUUCCUGUCGGCCCGGCUUCGGAGGAAGAACAUGCAGCGAGUGUAGAGAGCUCUUCUGGGGAGACCCGGAGGUCAAAUGUCACGCGUGCGACUGUGAUCCUCGCGGUGUCUCAGAGCAGCAGUGUCACAAAGGAAGUGGUCACUGCGUCUGCGUGGACGGGGUAUCCGGCCCACGCUGUGAUGUCUGCAGCCGUGGCUUCUCCGGAACCUUCCCCGACUGCCACCGCUGCCACCAGUGCUUCGCAGAGUGGGACAACGUCAUCGGUCAACUGACCAAUCAGACGCACCGCCUUGUCAACAAGGUCAACGCCAUCAAAGCCAGCGCAGUCAGCGGACCGUACAGGAAGUCCAUCGACAGCAUGGAGAGGAGCGUCGCCGACAUCUGGGUCGUCCUGAACCAGAACCCAGCAUCUCAACCACUGACCGAGACCCAGGAGCUGCUGCAACAGGCCAGUGACCUGAUGGGGGCCCUGAGCCGGAUGUUGAACCACACUGAGCGGACUCUGAUCCAGCUGGAGGACCAGGACUCGGCUGCAGAAACUAAACUGGACUCUGUUACGUCGGAUGCACAGAAACUGGAGCGGACGGUUAAAGAGCUGUUGGAUCAGGUUGAGUUCAUCAAGAACUCUGACAUCAGAGGGGCGACGGACAGCGUCUCGAAAUACCUGCGGCAGUCUGUGGCGGCUGAAGUUCAAGCAAACGCCUCCUCCAUCGAUCCCGGCAGCCCCGUAGAAACCUCCAGCGCUCUACGGCAACUCACAGAAGACAAACUGAAUCAAACCAGAGAGGAGUUCCUGAGGAGAAGCACUGAGCAUGCUCAGAGACUGGACGACCUGGCGGGAGAGCUGCAGACUCUGGACCUAUCAGAGAUCAGCCACAAGACCUGCGGCAGUCCAUCAUCGGGUCAGGACUCGUGCGGGUCCUCUCCCUGUGGAGGUCUGGGCUGUGUGGACUCUGAGGGUCGGACCAGGUGUGGAGGUGAUGGCUGUGAUGGUGUGAUGACGGCGGCCAGCGGCGUCUGGAGGAAGACCCGGGACUCUGAGCAGGAAAUCACCAGCGCUAUGGAGGAAGUGGAGAAACUGUCCAAGAUGGUGUCGGAGGCCAAAGUGAAGGCGGACGAGGCGAAGUUGAGCGCUCAGGACGUCCUGAUGAAGACCAACAAGACCAAACAGAAAGUCCAGCAGAGCAAUGAAGAGCUCAGAGGCCUCAUCCGGCAGAUCAGAGACUUCCUCACACAGGAUGCCGCCGACCUGGAGAGCAUCGAGCUGGUGGCUAACGAGGUUCUGGCCAUGCAGAUGCCGACCACGCCGGCUCAGCUGCAGAAUCUGACCGAGGACAUCCGGCAGAAGGUUGGCGAGCUGGGACACGUGGAGAACAUCCUGCUGCAGAGCGCCGCCGACAUCCAGAGAGCCGAGAACCUGCUGGACCAGGCCCGCCAGGCCAGUGACGAGGCAGCAGAUGUGAAGGACUCUGCUGAGAAGGUGAAGCAAGCUCUGGAGGAAGCUCAGAGAGCUCAGACCGCCGCUAGCAGCGCCAUCGAACAGGCGGCCGCCGACAUCCAGAACACCAACCAGCUGCUGUCCUCCGUGGAGUUGGAGACGGCAGAUGCAGAGUUGAAGCUGACUAAUGCCACCCAAAGGCUGCAAAGGCUGGAGCAGGACGUGACCGUACUGAGAGAUAAAGGUCUGAACGUCACUGUUAGCACCGAACGCACCAAUCAGGAAGCAGCGAGUAUCAGAAAGGUCACAGAGGAAGUGGAGAAGGACCUGAACUCGGAGCUGAAGGAGAAGUAUGCCAAAGUGGAUCAGCUGAUUGGUCAUAAAGCAGGGGGCGUGGCUAAUGCGAAGAAGAGGGCGGAGUCACUGCAGCAGGAAGCCAAAGAGCUUCUUCUGAAGGCCAGCGACAAACUGCAGCUGCUCAAAGACCUGGAGAAGUCUUACGGAGACAACCAGCGGACUCUGGAGGUGAAGGCGGAGCAGCUGGUGGAGCUGGAGGCAGCCGUGAAGGGGCUGCUUCAGGAGAUCAGCCAGAAGGUCACCAUCUACUCCACCUGUCUGUUUUAGGGUCAAAGGUCACCAUCAACUCCACCUGUCUGUUUUAGGGUUAAAGGUCACCAUCUACUCCACCUGUCUGUUUUAGGGUCAAAGGUCACCAUCUACUCCACCUCUCUGUUCUAGGGUCAAAGGUCACAUCUACUCCACCUGUCUGUUCUAGAUGUGUUUCUGGUUAAAUUGAUUUCUAGCCUCUUAAAAUAACAAAUAAAAGGCCGUCUUUUUUAUUUCUUGAGGGGUCAACGUUAUAUGAUUCAACCUGUUGACCGUUUCUCCACAAUAACUCAAGAGUGAGCUUCUCUUUUAACAAUCAGAGAAGAGAAAGAUCAAAAAGUAGAGAGGUUUAUUCCAAAAACAAAUGAUGGUGUUUGAAUGAAACAAAUCUGACAAAGAUAUUGAAUGUUUAACUCUCAGCUUGUUUCUAAAUUGGACAGGGAGCCUAAUAAAGUUUUAAAAUGUGGAGCCUAAUAAAGUUUCAAAUGUGGAACCUAAUAAAGUUUAAAAUGUGGAGCCUAAUAAAGUUUUAAAAUGUGCAGUCAGCUGCAUUCACACACAAAGAUACUAGCUACAUAUUUUACUAUGUAGCUAGUAAAACAUAAAGCAUCAGUUGAUUUAUAUUGUUCUUGAUAUUAAAGAGGACCUUUCUCUAAGCUUCAGUUAACUUUUUUAAUUUGUACUUUGAGUUAUGAAUGUCUUUGUGAAUGUAAUAUAUCAAAGUAACCAAUCGACCAUUCAAGCUUCAUGUUGUGACCAUGUGACUGCAGCUUGUUUCACUCCCUCAUUUUGUAUUUCCUGUUUGAAAGUGCACUGCUCCUUAUUAAACACCAAUUCAUA